AUGCGCGUGAGCAAGCUUUCAUAUCUUUCUCUGUCAUGGGCUGCCUUGACAGAUGCUCUGCCUCAAAAACAGAGUGAACCAUCCUGCCGGUUCGCUCGCCAAUACUCACAGCGGGAAAUCUUGAAGGAUCCCAGCAACUUCAUCAACGAUCUGCUGUACUGGGAGGGCAAAUUCCACCAGAACAAUGUCUCGUACAACUCGGAUAACGGGAUGUCCUACGACGGGACCAACAUCGACUUUACCACUGGCGAGAGAACAGUCAAGCAUCCUUUCAGCGCCGCAAGUAAAGAGUCGCUCCAAGUGAUGCUCUAUGCGCAUGCUGUUGCUGGUUCGCCGGAAGCCGCUCGUUUUCUUUCGCCCCAGGAUCCGUCAGCAGCGCCAGAUCUUGCUGUCUCGAUUAUGGAAAAGAAGCUGCAGACAUACUUAAGAUUCAAUGAAACGUUUCCUGGGUUUGGAGGCUAUCUUCCUUGGUUCACUUCCACGGCCCAGGACCUCACACCGACGUGGGACUGGAACAAUCGCGUUCCUGGACUGGACAAUGGUGAGCUGCUCUGGGCUGUUUAUGCCUUUGUUCAAGCCUUGGAAAACACUGGAAAGUCAUCUUAUGCCAAACUGGCCAGCGAGUGGCAGAAGUGGAUGGAUUACACCAAGACCACUGGAGCCAGGAUCUUCUAUGAAGGAAAGGGUCAAGUGUGCGCCGUAACGACCAUCAAGAAUCAGUCCCUGCCUGUGGAUCAUCCUGAGCAGGGAUACUCCUGCGAAGGCAGUGGUCGGCUCAACGAUCCUUAUGAGGGUGAGCUGUUUACUUUCUGGCUUCAGUUCUUCGGCGGUCUGUCCGGUGCAGACGUGGAACAGCUCUGGGCUGUCAAGCAGCCCCAGCUGGAGAGCGUUGACUACCACAUGGGUCAUGUAGGCCCCAUUACUGUGCAAAAGGGUUACUGGUUCUCAAGCCACGAGCAAUGGAAGGUCCUAGAAAUGCCCUACUACGAUGUCGACAUUAUUCGACGUGUCUUUAAGAACGCCGAACGAGUCCGAACCUGCAAUUCGGUAAUCACCAAAAUCCCCGGCAUGUUCGCCUCCAUCAACAAUAUCACUGACCCCGCCACCGGCGACGUGACCGGGUACAUCUCCAACACCGGCAUCCCUUCCAUCGCCUUUAUCACGCAGCAGGAGCUGGAUGUCAUCACUCCGUACAGCGUGUUCCCGACAGUCCUCUUCGACAAGGGAGUCGGUCUCGCCUGGUGGAGGAACAUGGCCAUUGCCAAGAAGAUGCAAAACCCCUACGGUAGCACCGAGUCCACCCGUGUCGAUGGAAAGGGCGUCGCGGCCCUCCUCACCUGGGACAGCAAGGUAACCACGGUGAAUGCGCUCCUCGGCGGAGUCACCGAUCUCGUCCGCCAGAGGAUGAAGGCCGACGGUAUCUACGAGGAGUUCAUCACUUGCGCCGAGAAAGCAUACGCGGCCGUCUUCACCAAUCUCAAAGGCGAACACGUCGACCUCUGCCUUCCCGAGGAGACAGUUCCGGAUACGGGUCUGGAGGACUUUACGCUGUGUGAUUAG